AUGUUACAACAAGAAGAAGAGGAAGAAGGAGGAGGAAUAGGAGGAGAAGAAGACAUGUUGUUAAUACAAGAUGUUGAUAAACUAGAACAAGCUCUAAAUGACACAUUUGACAGUUUAAAUAGUUCCCUUCUUUCAAAAAAGGAGAUAAUGGCAGUGUUGUUGGUAGAAUGUUUCUCAUCUAAUCUAUAUCCUCGUCAACAACAACAAGAGGUUAGAAAAGAGAUAACAGACUUUUUAACACAAUCAUUUACCUUUUUAUCAAUUCCUCAUCCUAUAUUAAAUUAUCUCAUUGUAAAUAGUGGAGGUGGAGGUGGCAGUGGUAGUAAUACUGCCAACAAGUUACUUUCAAAGAAUGGAUCAAGUGCAUCAAUUAGUACAAUGGUUACUGCUGGUACCAAUUCACCUAGACUAAAGAGUGUAUCAUCUAUGACUAGUCUAUCGACUAUGUCUUCUUCUAUCCCUAUGGUUCCUCUUCAAUCAUCAUCAAGUUUUAAUUCAUUACAAUCUCUUGAUUCUGCUGCUACUGCUGCAGUUGUUGGUAAUAACAACAACAACAACAACAAAGACAAUGAUUGUAGUUUGUUCAUUCAAGAGUAUAUACCAAAAAAGAUUGAAAAGUCUAUAUUGGAUGAUAUGGAACAUAUAUUGGACUACCAAUUUCACAAUGAUAUGGAGUCAUUUAUCACUGCACUUGUUGGUUGCAAGAAACAAUCUACAACAAUGCCACCAACACCAUCCAAUUCAUUAAAGGAUAUGAGUGCACUGUACACUGGCUUUAUUGGAAGACUUACCAAUCAAUCAUCGAAUAUUCUACCAACAAAUAUAUUUCCAAUUGAUCUUGAAAAGGAUGACUUAUUUUCAAAGAGAAUUGAAACAUUAUCAUUUAUUGAACCUGAUCAUUUGGGUAUUUCAAUAGAUGAAUUUAAAUUAAACAAUGCUAAAAAAUGUAUAGGAAGAAUUAAUUCAUAUCAAACACCAAUUGAAAAACAAAGAUGUAUUUCUAAAACAAUGGUUUAUUUAAUGGAAGCAGGAGGAGAAGAUUAUUUAUUACCAAUGGCCAUUUAUUUAUUAUUACGUACAAAUCCUCCAUACCUUUGGUCAAAUUAUAGAUUUUUGGAAUUAUAUUCCACUUCGUCUGGUAAUUUAAAUGUUGACUCUAUAUACGAUAACUUUUGUACAACAUUUUCAGUUGCCAUACAAUUUAUUGAUAAAUUGGAUCAUACUCAUCUUUCCAUUGAUAAUGAUUAUUUCCAACAACAAUUAUUAGAAAAUCAAAAGAAAAUAUUCCCAAAUCAACAACAAGAAAAAGAAAAAGAAAAAGAUAAAUUAGAUAAUAAUAAUAAUAAUAAUAAUAAUGCUAUGAAAAGUAAUGAAACUAUUUUAACAACAUCAACUACUGAAUUGGAAAAAUUAAUUGAUAAAUUGGAUGUAAAUAAUAACGAUAAUAAUAAUAAUAAUACGAAUAAUGAACAAUUAGAAAAUAUAGUAUUAUUUAAACAAUUAAAUAGAUUACCAACAAUUAUUGAUAUAUUAAAACCUCAAUUACAUGGAAAUGAAAUUGAAGAGUUUAUGUUAAAGUUUAUAACCAUAUCACUUGGUUCCCAGUACUAUCACUCAACUAUACGUUUCCCACUACGUCGAUUCUUUAUAGAAUUCUUGGGUAUUAGUGAAAGAACAUUUUGUGUAACCGAGAUGGAGAUUAUUGGAAGUUUACAAGACAGCACAGAUGGUGGUGGAUCAAAUCUAGAAUUGUUACCAAACAAGCAAGGUGGAGGUCAAGCAUUAAAGGUUGCAAAAAUCGCUGGUGCUGCUGUCACUGGUGCAGUUAUUGUUGGUUUAACAGGUGGUUUAGCAGCUCCUUUUGUCGGAUCGGUCUUUUCAGCAUUGGGAGCAGGCAGUAUUUUGACAGGAAUCACAGGUGCCACUGGUAUGAGUGGUGCUACCAUGUUAUCGGUGAUUUUUGGAGCUGCAGGUGCCAAGGUGUCUGCCGACAAGAUGAUCACUGCUACAUCUGGUGUAAAAGACUAUACCAUACACAAGGUAAAGAGUCAAACUUCACUACAUGCCAUCAUCUAUGUUGAUGGGUUCUCAUCGGUCAAUACGACAACCACAACAACCGCCACAGAAGAUGCCAAGACACAAGAGCAGACAAUUGCAUCGGUUCAAAUAUCAAAGCUAGAGAGUUGGGAAAAGAUAAUCAGAGCAGUUACCAAUGACUAUGGUGACAUCUUUUUGAUAGACUAUGAAAAGGACGUUAAAAAGAGUUUACAUGCCAUCAUUAGAGAGUACCAAAAAACAAUCGUUCAAACUUUGUUUAGAUCGGCUGCCACCAAUAUCAUCUCUACCAGUCUUGCUCAUGCACUUGUUCCUCUAUCCAUCAUAAAGGCUGCAUCGGUAUUGGAUAAUCCAUGGACUCUACUCAAGGAUCGUUCAGAAAAGGUUGGUAAAAUAUUGGCACAACAAAUAGUAGAAGGUGGAUUUGGUAAAAGACCUCUUACCCUAAUUGGAACAAGUAUGGGAAGUAGAGUUAUUUUCUAUUGUCUUGAAGAAUUAUCAAGAUUAUCUAAAAUUGAAAAUCAAUCCAAAUCAAAAGAAAAAGAAAUUAAUAAUAAUAAUAAUAUUUCUACAACAACAACCGAUUCAACAACCCCUCCAAUUGUAACCAACACAAUUUCACCAUCAUCAAUUAUUGAAAUGGUUGUUUUUAUUGGAUCUCCUAUUACUUCUGAUCCAAAAAGAUGGUCCAAUAUUAUUUCAAUGGUUAGUGGUAGAGUAAUUAAUUGUUAUUCACCAUCAGAUUUGGUAUUAAAAUAUGUAUCUAGAUCAGCCAAUUGUUUGACUGAUGGUGUUCUACCUCCAGCUGGUGUGACACCAAUUCACAUUCCAUCCUCGACCAUUGUCAUUGAGAAUGUUGAUGUAUCCAAAUUAGUCAAGAGUCAUUUAGAUUAUGACAAGGAAGAUAAUAUAACUAGAAUCCUAAAUCACAUUGCAGUCAACAAGGUAUCAUAUUGUGAUCCAAAAGUUCCUCCAAAAUUUAGUGGCGUCGUUUAUCAAGUAUAA